AUGUUGUUUCUGUCGAUCUGUCUCUACUCAUUUCUCACAUUUACUACAGGUGGUUCGUUCGUAGCGUUGGGUCUCAGGUUCCUGCUGUAUUCCUUCGUCAGCAAUCCGUGGUGGAUCGUGGCGGUAGACUCACUGAACGGUUACCACGCCGUCACGUGGGCAGCGGCGACGUCAUACGCCAGCAUCUCCGCCCCAGACGACUUGCAGUCUUUCGCUCAAGGACUUGCAGCCACCACCUUCUACGGAUUUGGCCACACGUUGGGCAACCUAGUCGGCGGUCCAAUAUUCCAAGGAUAUGGCGCCAUGGUGUUCUUCCGGUCCUUCGCCGUGUCCUGCCUGAUCGGAUUCCUCCUGUUCUACGUGCUGUACAUGUGUUUUGGGAGGAAACAGAACCCAACAGAACGACCCUCAGACACCAUGGGAGAAAGUGAAACGAAAGAUCCAUUGGUGCCUUCCAAUAACGCAGCAGCCGAGUCGGACGAACCAGAUACGUUCCUUGGCGGUGGAAGUUUGAAGCCUGGUGCGUUCCUUCGCGGUGGAAAUGUGAGCAAUGGAGCUGGUGAAAAUAUUGGAUUCCUUCGUCUUGUUAAACCACAGGACUGAAACAAGACCGGACUGAAACAAUAAUGAAAGUAACAGGCGACAGUGUAAUUCCGGACAAACACUCUAAUUCCGGAAAAC